CACAGGAAGGCAGCAGAGGCACAGGCAGCAGCUGCAGCGCACCCGAGAAUUGUGGGUCUGACACAUGAAAGGGAAAAUGAAAGCUGACUGCCACAGGAGACACACAGGCCCGAAUGAUGCAGCUGAAAUUGAGGUAUCUCUGAGGACUGUUCAGGAUCUUUCCGCUUCAGGCAGCACUUGUCCCUCGACUGCAAAGUAACAGAAGUCUACCCCGUUUAAACGUCCGUUAUGCUACUGUUGGUUUUCACCCUGCUCCCCCUGACUGUAUUUGGCACAGGCCAUGCCUCUGAUUCGAAGGAUCAGGUGGAUGAAAGCGUGCACACGGCUACAAACGGCGUCCCCUUUCCAUGGAGCAAGGUCAGGCUCCCAAACUACAUUGUGCCGGUUCACUACCAUCUGCUCAUCCACCCCAACCUCGCCGCGCUCAACUUCACCGGCUCGGCCAAGAUAGAGAUCGACGUGAAGAACAACACCAACUGGGUGGUACUGCACAGUAAAGGUUUCAACAUCACGACGGCCACCAUCUUGGAUGAGAGCGAGGCCCACCUGUCAGAACGAGUCCUGCCCGUGCUGGAGUACCCACCCCAUGAGCAGAUCGCCAUCUUCUCGCCCAAAAUUCUCACCUCUGGGGAGAAGUACUUCCUUUACCUUGAGUUUGAUGCUCCGCUGGGCGAUGGGUUCUAUGGCUUAUACAGGAGCACAUAUAAAACUAAAACAGGAGAGACAAGGAUCCUGGCCUCCACGCACUUUGAGCCCACCUCUGCACGCAUGGCCUUCCCAUGUUUUGACGAGCCCAAUUUCAAAGCCAACUAUUCCAUAAGGAUAAGGCGUCAGCCUACCUAUAUUUCCCUUUCAAAUAUGCCCAUAGAACAGACAGUAGAACUGACCAAUGGCCUUCUGGAGGACCGGUUUGAUACUAGUGUGCAAAUGAGCUCCUAUCUGGUUGCUUUUGUUGUGUGUGACUUCAAACGUGUCACUGGUAGGACCUCAUCUGGAGUGGAGGUUUCCAUUUACGCCGUUCCAGACAAGUGGCACCAAACCCAUUACGCUCUAGAGGCUGCAGUGAAGAUUUUAGAGUUCUACGAGACGUAUUUCAACAUAUAUUACCCCCUGCCCAAACUAGAUUUGAUUGCCAUACCAGACUUUCAGUCGGGGGCGAUGGAGAACUGGGGUCUGAACACUUACAGGGAGACCGCUCUGCUCUUUGACCCCGCCACCUCAUCUGCCUCCGACCAACUCUGGGUUACCAUGGUGAUUGGACAUGAGCUGGCCCAUCAGUGGUUUGGAAACCUGGUAACCAUGGAGUGGUGGAAUGAUAUAUGGCUAAACGAGGGAUUCGCCAGAUAUAUGGAAUUUGUCUCAGUUGAUGCAACGUACCCAGAGCUAAGAGUGGAGGACUAUUUCCUGCAAACCUGCUUUGCAGCCAUUGGGCGAGACUCUCUCAACUCCUCUCGACCAAUCUCCUGCCCAGCAGAAAACCCCACCCAGAUCAAAGAAAUGUUUGACACAGUCUCUUAUGACAAGGGUGCAUGUAUCCUGCACAUGCUCAGACACUUUCUCAGCGAUGAAGUGUUCCAAAGUGGCAUUGUCCGAUACCUGAAGAAAUUCAGGUUCAAAAAUGCCAAAAAUGAGGAUCUGUGGGACAGCUUAGCCAACACAUGCUCAGAGGAUGAGUUCACAUCAGGGGAACACUGCUAUACCAGCUCACAAGCAACAAAGAAUGCGUAUCUCUACGCAGGGGAGCAUAUGGACCUCAAGGCCAUAAUGAACACAUGGACACUGCAGAGAGGCAUACCAUUGGUGAGAGUAAAGCAGCAGGGGUCAAAGCUGUACUUUAAACAGGAACGCUUCAUUAAGACCACCCUUCCUGGUGACCCUCUUUGGGCAUCUCUGCAGAAAGGCUUUCUUUGGCACAUCCCUCUCACAUACAAAACAAGCCAUUCAAGAAGUGACACGAGGCAUUUAUUAGACACAGAGUCAGGUGUCUUGGAUUUGGAUGAGAGUGUGGACUGGGUAAAGUUUAACACAGACAUGAAUGGUUAUUAUAUCGUCCACUACGAGGGGGAUGGCUGGGAGAGACUGAGCGCAGUUCUGAGGCAUAAUUUCACUGCUCUGAGUCACAAGGAUCGGGCCAACCUCAUUCACAGCGCCUUUCAGCUAGUCACUGCAGGACAGUUGUCUCUUGACACGGCUCUCGACCUGAUCACUUACCUGAAGUCUGAGACCCACAACGUCCCCCUCAUACAAGGCUUUGGAUAUCUGGAAGCCUUCCACAAAAUGGUAGAGAAGAGAAAGCUCUCGGAUGUCACCCAAAAUGUGAAAGCCUUCAUAUUGCAGUUCUUCCAAGGAGUGAUUGACAGGCAGACAUGGACUGACAAGGGGUCCAUCUCAGACAGGAGGCUUCGCUCUGAGGUGCUCUCCCUGGCUUGUGAUUUGGGCUACCCCCCUUGUCUUGAAAAGGCUAAACAGUUCUUCAAUGACUGGAUGAAAUCCAACGGCACAAUGAGUCCACCCAGUGAUGUGAUUGAGACAGUCUUCUGUGUUGGAGCUCAAAACCAUGAAGGCUGGACGUACCUCUUAGAGAAGUAUACAACAUCCAUGUCAGAGGCUGAGAAAGACAAAAUUCUCUCAGCUUUAGCAACCAGCAAAGAUACAACUAAAUUGAUAAGAAUACUAUACCUUGGCAUGAAGGGACAAGUCAUAAAAACAAUGGUGCUGCCCUCACUGAUAUAUAGCGUGGCUAGAAACCCAGAGGGUCAUAACCUGGCAUGGAACUUUGUGAAGAAGAACUGGGACAGGCUGGUGGAAAAGUUUCAGCUGGGGUCCUUCAGUAUUAGGACCAUUAUAAUUGGCACAACGUCUCAGUUUUCAUCAAAAGAAGAACUAAAUGAUAUCAAAGAUUUCUUUGAAUCCAUAAAAGACGAAUCAUCCCAACUGCGAGUCACCCAGGUGGCGCUGGAGAACGUGGAGAAGAAUAUCGUGUGGUUGGAGCGCAAUUUGGAGACUUUGAGGACCUGGCUGCUAAAAACUUUGAAGCUCAAUGAAAAAGAACUUCGGUGAGAUCAGAUCUCUGUACAACUGGGUCAACUGUCUGGCCAAUAUCAACAGAGCACGGAACAUAUUAUGACAAUAAUAGACAAAUAAUUAUGUUUUCAUUUUUUUAAAGUAUUUUAUGGUUGCUUUUUUUUAAUUCUAUCUAAGGAUAGUUGUUUUAUGUUAGUGGGUUAUCAGCCUGUAUUUUCCACAUGUUUUCAGGGGCAUUAAGGCUUUCAAAAGAAUGAUAGACGAUAGUCUCUUCACCUCCUUUGGCAAAAGAAUGUGUACUUGUGUUGCAUUUGACUUAAAGAAAUUGCAAAUAUAUACGUGACUUACUUUAAAUAAAAACAGUCAAGGAUGUAUGGACAGAAAUAAUUUUUUGAAAGAACUACCCUAUGUGGAAUCCAUUUCCUGCGAUUUGUGUGCAUUCUCUUCUGGUUCUACUGCAUGGCUGAGGUUGGCCUACCCCUGUCAAUAGAACAGCUAAAAACAUGUUGUGUGAGCGAGAGUACAGCGCUCUCUAGUGGUUUGAUGUUGGUACAUCAAUACAGCUACCCACAAAACAAAGCACAAAAAACACAAAUACAAAUUAUGUAUACAUAGUGAAUGUAAAAUGAAUUGACUGAAAAACUAAUUAGAAUUUGCGCUUACAUUACAUUUCUUCAACUGUUUGCUGUGGAAAAUGGCACACUUUUUGUACAAACUAAAUAUUUUUGUUCACAUGAACAUACCAUGGAUUGUAAAAAUAAAAUAAAACUAUUGACAUUA